AUGUCCGCCCCAUUAGACGCUUCAAAGUUGAAGAUCACUAAAACGGAAACUCCAAAAGAUCCUUUACCCAACGAUAAGCUUGUAUUUGGUCAAUCAUUUACUGACCACAUUUUAGAAGUUGAUUGGACUAAAGAAGAAGGAUGGGCCGCUCCCACAAUCAAACCUUAUCAUAAUUUCUCUAUGGAUCCUGCAACGUGUGUUUUACACUAUUCAUUUGAGUUAUUCGAAGGGUUGAAAGCUUAUAGAGACUCCAAUGGGAAGAUCCGUACAUUUAGACCAGAUAAAAACAUGGAAAGAAUGAACAGAACAGCGAAAAGAGCAGCAUUACCAACUUUUGAUGGAAAUGAGUUUUUGAAGUUGCUUGAUCAAUUUUUGCUUUUGGAAGAAAAAUUUGUUCCUCAGGGUAAAGGAUACUCCUUAUACUUGAGACCAACAUUGAUUGGUUCUUCAAUUGGACUUGGUGUUUCAACGCCUACUAAAGCUAAACUCUAUCUUAUUGCAUCCCCUGUAGGGCCAUAUUUCGGAAGUGAUUUCAAACCAGUUUCAUUGGAAGCAACAGAUUAUGCAGUGCGUGCAUGGCCUAAAGGUGUUGGUUCGUACAAAUUGGGAGCCAACUAUGUUUCUUGUAUUGAACCUCAAGCAGAAGCUGCCAAACGCGGCCACUCACAAAACUUGUGGUUAUUUGGUGAAUCUGGAGAAAUCACCGAAGUGGGUGCCAUGAAUGUGUUUUUCGCUUUUGAAAACGAUGAUGGUACUAAGGAAUUAGUUACUCCACCAUUAGAUGGCAUGAUUUUACCUGGUGUAACACGUGACUCCACUAUUCAAUUAUGCGUGGAGAAAUUGCCCAGUGACUGGAAAGUGAAUGAACGUAAAUUGACAAUUUAUGAGGUUAUGGAACGAAGUGCCAAAGGUCAAUUGAUUGAAGCUUUUGGUACUGGAACUGCGGCCAUUGUUGCUCCAAUUGAUAACAUUGAGUUUAAAGGUAAACAAAUUGAAGUACCUUGUAAAGCCGGUAGCUCGGGUGAAAUCGCUAAACAAGUCAAUGAUUGGAUUCAGAAAAUCCAAUAUGGUGAUGAAGAGUUUAAGGAUUGGUCUAGGGUAGCGGCAUGA